GGGGUGGCGAGCCAUUCGAAACAAUUGUUACUUUCAAUAAAAAUCUGAUACCGUUUUAUUUAUUGUUGCAUAUCGCAUAUGUUGAGAAUCACUUGAAGUUAAGUUUACAAGUACAAAUCGCUAUUGUUCUUCUGGUAAACUCUUUCUGAUUGGUCAAGACUAAGGACUUGACAUUGGAUAAGUCCCCGAUGCUCUUCACGAUAUAUGAAGCAACUUGAAGAAGUCCGUCACAAGGAGCAUGUAAAACAGAGGAGCAGAUACAUUAAUAAGGCUCCAGUAAAGAUUGCCGAAAAUUAAAUAGCUCCAUCAAGAUCUUGGUAAAGGACACAUUCCGCAGUGCUGGAGGUGCCUAUGAGCAUGGCACUACAACGUGCCUUCACGAGAUUAGUUAUUUUUGUAUAUAUUGUUACAGUAUGUUUUGCUAAACCAAGAUCUGAAAAUGUUGAUUUCGAGCAUAGACAACAUCGUCGUCAUAAGAGGGACGUUCAAGAAAUAAUAAGGGGACCAGAUCAAGGACCUCAAACUGGAUGUUUAGAUCCCCAGUCUCCCUCUAAUGGAAGAGUUCAAUGCGAAGACGACGGGUGGGAUCUAAUCUGUACAGGGACCUGUCUCAGUGGUUGGUCUUUCCCAACGAGGGAAGACUCGAUCCAGUUGAUCUGUGAUCACUAUGACGGGAGCUGGCAGAAUGAUGCCAAUUCGUAUCCUGCUUGUGUUCCACACUGUUCGCUACCAUGUCAUAAUGGAGGUCGAUGCGUGGCACCUAACACUUGCACAUGUCCAAAAAACUUUAGGGGCAAUACAUGUGAAUUCCCCAUCGAUGCAUGUAGCAUAACUGACCCUCCUGCAAACGCUAAUGUAUCCUGCACACAUGACAACACCAUGACCAGGUGUUAUGUCUCAUGUCAGAAAGGCUACCGCUUUGAGACGCCCCCUGCAGAUGAAUAUAGUUGUGAUAUAGAUGGGGACUGGUCCCCAACCUCAAACAUGCCAGAUUGCGUCCCUGAGGUCACUAUCAUUCCUGGAACCAAUGUCAUUCCAACAUUUGUGCCUGUCACAGAAGCCCCUCCACCGCCUUUCGAAGAGCCAUACUGCGCGACAUGGGGCCAAAGUCAUUACAAAACAUUUGACAGUCGAUAUUAUGAAUUUAGCAGUCAAUGUACAUAUGUUCUAGCAAGAGACUGCGGAUUAAACACAUUUGAUAUUCAUGUUGUUAAUGACAAAUCAUGCACGGCUAAUGAUAAAUGCAGUCGAGCAAUUAAGAUGUACGUUGGUGAAUCAGUGCUGGCACUGUUUAGAGCAGAGAAUGGCCCAGUUGUGACAUGGAACGGCGAUGCCGUCUCAAUACCAAGUUCAGUUGCUGGUAUAAUUGUUGAACAAAUUGCAGAUUAUAUUUAUGUAAGGACAUCAUUGGGAAUAAAACUACGAUGGGACAGUUGGGAAGGUAUUUAUGUGGAGCCUAAUGAUGAUAUGAUUGGGAAAAUGUGCGGACUCUGUGGUACUUACGAUGGCGACAGAAGCAAUGAUUUCACCUCAAUUGACGGUAAUGAGAUGAGACUGGCAGAUGGCUUCGCAGAAAGCUGGAAGAUGGAAAACUUCGACGAUUCUUGUCGAGAUGUUGUCCAUCCUGAUUUAUGCGACCCUUCAACCCAAAGCGGUUCAAUGAGACUGCGAGAUGCCCAGUCCCGAUGCCGUUUCCUUCUUGAGCCUCAAUUCACAGCUUGUUCAGAGAAAUUGGACCCAACACCAUACAUCUCUGCUUGCGAGAAGGACUACUGUAGUUGCAAUUCUACUGAAAGGAGCGACUGCCCUUGCAACAGCUUUUCUGAAUAUUUCAGAGCAUGCGCACGCAUUGGUAUCAAGAAAGUUCCAAACUGGAGAUCAGGCCAAACAUGCCCAAUUAAAUGUCCAUUCGGGCAAAACUACGACCAAUGUGGUACAUCAUGUCCUAAAACGUGUGCCAACACGCUAGAUGCUUGUAUAGGGGAACACUGUGUAGAUGGCUGUCAGUGUCCAGCAGGACAUGUUGUCUAUGGAGACACUUGUCUGAAGCCAAAUGAAUGUCCUUGUGUUUACCAAAGGAAGGAGUUUAGUAGUGGUAGCAUCAUUGCUCAAGAUUGCAACACUUGUAAAUGCAAAUCCGGUAAAUGGGAGUGCACGAAGCUUGUAUGCACUGCAAUGUGUUCAACAAGUGGCGAUCCACAUAUCAAAACAUUCGAUGGCAAACGCUACAAUUUCAUGGGCACCUGCUCCUACUACCUAUUGUUCGAUGAACAAUACAAGAUUAUUGCUGAAUACGGCAAGUGUGGCAGUUUGGAGUCUACCUGUACAAAAUCUGUUGUCAUCAAGGUCGGAAGUAUCACCGUUCAGCUGAAGACUCAUAAAGCGGUCCUCAUCAAUGGCGUAGAAAUCGCUGAGAGACCACAGAGGUUACCGGGGAUAAGGAUACAAGAGGCGACGUCCAUAUUUACACUGGUUCAACUAGACAAUGGGAUAAGAAUUCACUGGGACAGUCAGUCAAGAGCUUACAUCUAUGCUCCUCCGGAAUUCAAAGAUAAGACACUUGGUUUAUGUGGUACAUUUAAUGGCAACCAAAAAGAUGACUUCACAACAAGAGAGGGUGAUAUUGAGUUCAAUUCAGUUGACUUUGGAAACAAAUGGAAGGUUGAGUACUUGUGUAAUAAUGUCGUUGACCCCGUAGCCGACCCAUGUGAGAUCUACACCCAACGAAAACCAGUCGCAAUCACAGAAUGUGCUAAACUGAAAAGCGAACUAUUUGCUGAUUGCCACGAUGUUGUCGCUGUUGAUACAUUUUACCAAAAUUGUAUGUAUGAUGUGUGUGAAUGCACUGGCUCUCUGGCUGACUGCCUUUGUCCCACCCUUGGUACAUACGCCGAUGAAUGUGCCAAGAUGGGAGUUCCAAUGCAAUGGAGACAAUUCGUUACACCAUGUGCCGUAAGUUGUACAGGAGGACAGACAUACCAGGCGUGUGCGAGCCCAUGUGGCCGCACGUGUAGAGAUAUCAACAUAAACCCAGCCUGUGUCGAGGUAUGCGUUGAAGGUUGCAACUGCCCAGCUGGAAAAACUCUCAGUGAGAACAACGAGUGUAUUCCCGUUGAUGAAUGUCCGUGUAUUUUUGAUGAGAGGGAAUAUGAGAGCGGAUUUAUUACAAUCAGAGGAGAGGAAGUCUGCCAAUGUAUUGGUGCACAGUGGAAGUGCGUACCAAAGACAGACCAACACGACCCGGAAAAGAUUCCACCAAUCUGCCCGGAGCACAUGGUUUAUUCGGAUUGUGUGCCAAAUUGUCCAAAGACUUGCUCCAGCAUCCAGUCUGACGAUUGUGACCAGGUACACUGCCAAGCAGGCUGCCAAUGCGCGGAUGGUUACGUCAUGGAUGACUCGAGUCGUGUCUGUGUCAAAGAAGAGGAGUGUCCAUGUAUGCAUGGUGGAAAGAGCUUCAGAGAGGGUGAUACCAUUACAAUGGAUUGCAACCUCUGCACCUGCCUUAACAGACGUUGGACCUGCGAGACAAAGCCAUGUCCGGGAAUAUGCACCAACUGGGGAUCUUCCCAUCAUAUCACAUUUGAUGGGAGCGAGUUUCAGUUUGCCGGCACCUGUGAAUAUGUGAUGGUAGCUUCAGCCGCAUCGAACAAUUACAAGUUUAUUGUAACGACUGAGAAUGUGGCCUGUGGUACCAGUGGCGUCACGUGCACAAAGUCUGUCAAAUUCAGCCUUGGCACCCCAGGAACCAGCAGUUACGUUGAAAUGCAGCUCAUAAGAGACCGAAAUAUUGUCGUGCCUAGCAACGCACCAUUUAGCGUCCAAGAAGUCGGUCUAUAUGUGUUUGUGGUAACGGACAUUGGCGUGACCCUCAUGUGGGAUAAAGGAACACGGCUCUACAUAAGACUCGAUAGCAGACAUUCCGGAAAGGUUGAGGGUCUUUGUGGCGACUAUAAUGGUGACGAGUCAAAUGACUUUACUCCUCCAAACGGCGGCAUGCCUCUGACGAAACCAGAGGACUUUGGUGAAAGUUGGAAGGUGCACAGUUAUUGUGAAAAAGCUACUUCCGUCCCCGGAGCCUGUGAGCAUUCACCGUACAGAAAACCAUGGGCCCAGAAAGAGUGCGGUAUUAUCGCCGGUGAUCUUUUCGCUGAAUGCCACGGAGAAGUACCAUACCAAUCCUAUUUGGAAAGAUGUAUUUAUGACACAUGUGCCUGUGAUAUGGGAGGGGACUGCGAAUGUCUUUGUACCGCCAUAGCUGCAUACGCUCAAGAAUGUACACUGAAGGGAGUUGAAGUUCGCUGGAGGUCACAAGAACUAUGUCCUAUGCAAUGUGAAGACUGUAUGGAAUACCAACCAUGUGUGAGUCUUUGUCCACCUCGAACCUGUGAAAACAGAAAUGAAUACGACUCCAUUUUGAGCACGUGUGAUGACAUCAUGUGUGUAGAGGGGUGCGAUUAUACACCUUGCCCCCCAGGCCAAAUAUUCCUGAACAAUACUCAUCCACCCAAGUGUAUCCCCGAGGUUAUCUGCAGAUCAACUUGUAUUGUCAAUGGUAAAGAAUACGUUGAGGGUCAGCCUAUUACCGAUCCAGCCGUCUGUGACCCAUGCCAAGUAUGCUUUUGCGAAGGUGGCUACGUCAAGAAAACUGGAACACCAUGCUCUACAGUCAGUAGACCUAUUACAACUGGUCCAACCGGCGUAACCAUUACACCUACUGGUAUAACCAGACCAAGCACCGGACUGACGGUUACCAUCACCGAACGUCCACCAACUGGCUCCCCAACUGUCGGCACCGGGACCACAACUGUCGGCACAGGCCCAACUACUCCACCCCCAAGUGCAACAACGCCAAAAGUGGGAGUUACCACAACACCAACGACUGUUACUACAUUCGAGCCGGUCUGUUUGGAAGAUGGAUGGACCCAGUGGAUGAGUAGCUUUAUCCCUACACCACUGAACCAGGGAGAUCUGGAAACGUAUCCUAAUUUGAGAAAAGCCUACCAAUUCUGUAGCUUUAACGAAAUUACAGCCGUUCAAUGUAGAGUCAUUGGUACAAACACAAUGGCUGACUACUCCGGUCAAACCGUCACCUGUAGUAUGGAUAACGGUCUUAUAUGUUACAACAAGGACCAGGAGGCAAACACAUGCUAUGAUUAUGAGGUUAGGGUAUAUUGUGAGUGUACAGAGGCUACUACACCUGUUGUACCACCGAGUGGCGAAUCGACCACACCAAGUGAGGUGACGACCCCUGGUGGCACUCUACCACCGGGUGUCUCUACAACAGCUUGUGAAUAUUGGAGUGAAUGGAUGAACGCCUACACACCCGACGAUGAAGGUGACAAAGAACUUCUUCCAACUCUUAGAGGCUUUUAUGACUUCUGUGAAAGCAAAUACAUUUCUGAGGUGAGAUGUCGAGCUGCUGAGUCACAAGUACCUUCUGAGUUUACUGGCCAAGAUACACAGUGUGGAGUGGAAGUUCCUGGCUUCAGAUGCAGUAACGAUGGUACACCUGACGGAACUUGUCUGGAUUACGAAAUACAAGUGAAAUGUGAAUGUACGGUUCAAGGUACAACUCCAGGAGGGGAGGGUACCACACCAGGAGAGGUCACUGGAACACCUAAACCAAAAACCCCUGGUACUGAAGAAACACAGGGACCAACUGGAGCCACAACUCCUAAGCCAACUGGCCCAACUGGUCAACCACCAACAGGCACCCCAGGUACUGGUACACCAGGUAUUGGAUCAACUGAAACACCAAAAACACCAGAAACACCAGUCACCGGUACGCCAGGAUCACCAAUUACUGGAUCAACUGAAGGACCUGGAACAACAGAGACUGGUACACCAGGACCCAGCACACCGGGUACGGGUGGCACAGAAUCAACUGGAGCAACAACUCCACGACCAACUGGCCCAACAAGCAAACCUCCGACAGGAACGACCCCACGUGUGCCAGAGUGUGAGAGGACAGGCUGGACCGAGUGGAUCGACACAGACAGUCCUACUACUGGGGCAGGCGAUAUUGAGAGUGUAACUGAUAUCAUCAAUACUGUAGAUGGUAUGUGCCCACAAGAUAUGGUCUCUGCAAUUCAAUGUAGGGAUGCUAAUACCAAGGAUGGGGUAGGUCUGACUGAUGAUUCUGAAGUAAUCUGUACAAUCCAAGAUGGUCUCGUGUGCUUAAGCAGCAAACAGGCUGAUGGUCAGUGUGAGAACUACGAAGUGAGAUUCUUCUGCAAGUGUACAGAGGAAAUUUGUGACAAACCAAUCAUAUCUGAGGAUGGCAAUAUUGAGGAUAGUCAGCUGAGUUCAACAGGAUAUUGGGGCACUGAUCCAAGACACGGACCCCAGAGAUCAAGACUGGACACCGUCCUAGGCCCAGGGGGAUACGGUGGCUGGACUGCACGAGUCAAUGACCAGGAACAAUGGAUCAAGGUUGAUUUCGGAACACCAAUAGAGGUUGCAGGGUUGGUCACACAAGGUCGCUCAGAUAAGCCCGAGUGGGUGAAAAGCUACCGAGUCAUACUGAGUGAUGACAACUGUGAAAACUUCUUUUAUAUGACCACUGAAGAUGGCACAACCCCAAAGAUUUUUGAUGCAAACCUUGACCAGAACACCCAAGUAAAAAUCAUGUUCGAUAACAUCCCUACGACACGUUGCAUUGGAAUCAACCCCAUAGAUUGGCAUAGCGCUAUUAGUUUACGAUGGGAUGUACUGGGAUGUAGGCAGCCAAGUACACCUGGAACUCCUGGAACAACAGGCACUGAACCAACUGAAGGAACACCAGGAACAGGAACCCCGGGUACUGAAAAGCCACCAACUGG